GCGGCGGCAUGACCACUGCGCACGUGUUCUUGUGUGCAAACUACACUACUUAGUUAUCUGCGUUUCGGUCAGAAUCAACGUCUCUCCUGUAAUCUUACGCUAAAUGCCGUGGUGAAUUGCGUCGACAACACACCCACACACACAUACACAUCAAUCUUGUGGUGGAUUAAUCUGUCAACGGUUUUGCAGCACCUACACAACGGAUCCACAAAAAAGUCCACUGAUUUCCGUGCGCUCUAGGGCUCGGCAAAUAAGUCCCGUCCACUUUGAAAUGGAGUCUGAACCAGUGGUCGCUGAAAUCGAAACGGAACACAUAGAAUCACAGGUUGUAGUGGAGGAUAACUCUAAAAUGGACAGCAGUAUGAUAGAAGCAACAGAACCAGCGGUGCAUUUGGCAGAGCUAAUCAAGGUUGACCAGGUCAACCCUAAUGGUCUGGAGCAGAACGAGGAAGCUGGCUCAUCAAUGACAAACGACAGCUCUUCACACAUUGGCAAACACGAGGAUGAAAUCCACCAAUCUGAAUUUUCGGAUAUAGUUUCUGGCGUGGCUUCCGACGCUCCCGCCGUCUCUCUAAUCCAAGCCGAGAUCGGGGACCAGAAGCCAGUGACAGACACUCCACAGCCAGUGAGUACAAAUGAUGAGACCUCGACAGUGGGACAGUGGGAUGAUGGUGUCCCUGUUCAGCGUGGACUACAGAUGGGUUUGUGCCAAGAUACCCCAAUACAAGAAAAAAAUCACGUGUUUGCUGCAGGUGAACACGCAGUAGAUGUUCCCUUGGUAGUUGCUGCUCAGAAAUCACCGGCUACCAUCACAGUAUGUCCAGAGCUACCAGAAGGAGAGCAAAAUGAAAUCAGCACCAAGUUAUUUGAACGUUUGGUGAAUGGAAUGGAAGUGGAGGUAUCGACUGAACAAAAGGAUGAAGACUUUACUGUUCAAAAAGGACUAGCAGUAGCGCAAGCUGGACAGCUAGAAGUGGACCACUCAGACCUCAUACUUCGUGAAACUGACGAAGCGGAUAAAGAGGUCUUACCGGUAGUAACAAUCGAUCCUAUUUCUGGUGAAGAAAUAGCAGCUGAGCUGCCAAAACCCCCAGAAGAACCGGUGGUCAUGGAGCAAGAGACACAACCAGAAGUUGAGUCUGGCUUGAAAAAAUCCAUAUCUACUAGCUCUUUAGAGAAAGCCGCAAAUGGCCAAAAAAAGAAACGUCGACGGUUCCACUUCAGUUUUCACCGAGGCAAAGAUGUUAGACAUCAGGAAACCAAGAAGGAAGACUCCCUCGAUCGGACAAGCGAAAGAUUUUUCGGAACGAACGUUAAACAUGUUUGGGAAAAUCUUUCAAAAAGCCUCAAACGGAAAGAAAAACCAGCUGCAACGGUAAAGGUGAAAACACGACCACCAAGACCCCCACCUGUAUCUGCGAGAGUUGAUGGGAAAUUCCAAAUUCAGGGGGAUGAACUGGACCAGCAAUCACUCCGAUCACUUUCGGGAGUGUCUAUUUCGAAUAGUCCGGUAGUCGCGCGGAAACAUUUGAUCCAAGAAGCCUUGCCUGAUUUUAUGGAAGCUCUGCCCGCCAGCUCUAUGGAGGUAUCAGUCGGGGGAUACAACAACAAGGAGAACCACGCAACCGACAUGCAUGUACAACAGGGGAAAAUGUUUUCUUGGAACGCUUCUCAGAUUGCCGGGACGCCGGCAUCGGAAGCGGCGAUUCAACCAACGCAAAGACAGCACCCAUACUACGCUGCAGAUUUUGGUGUACUUCGUGGUAGUGGAAGCCAUCCAUCGCCGAAACCACCACGCCCCACGUCACCUCCAACGUUGUCUCCCUUGGAUUACCAACCCUAUCAUUCGGAAGAUGGCUUAUCCCAAUCUGAUAUAGUGCAGAGACGGCUAAACCUAGUGAAUGCAAUGACGCCAUCAGGAAGUGAAGUGAAUGUACACGUUCGUGGAUCAGUCACUGGUGCACGAACACCCAGCAGUCAGGUAUCCGGAGAUGUGCGACCACUGGCGACCAGUUUGGACAGACGUCAACAGAUGGGAAUCGAGUACCGUGCUCCAACAAACGUACGGAGGGCACAAACUCUUCGGACAGAUUAUGCCAACCGGUUGCGUGAACGAGUGCUCAGUCUGCGCGUGGAGCCAGGAGAAACGCAAGGCGAUGGGGGUACAUUAAGACCCCGCAAGCUUCGAACGAAGAAAGAAACCUACGUAUGCAGUGACACGAUCAAAUUUCCAAAACUAUCUUUUAAACUUAGUAAAAGACAAAAGGAAAAAUCGCCGGCCCUGGUACAUUCAGAAAAAAUAGACAUGGUCAUUCCUCGGCCUCAACCAAACUUCGUAUCCAGCGCACCAGAUGCUCAACGAUUUUGGGUGCAACAGCAGAUUACCAAUAAUUAUGAGCCCGAGGUGUGCAAGUCUGAGGGCUUCCUGGCAAGUCGUCCCCCGCUGAAAACUGGUCCGCAGCUUACCAGCUUAGUUUCAAUGGCGGGGAAACACUACGGGGAUGCAAACUUCCAGGUGAUUUCAGAGGACAGCGCCGCACAGGAAUAUGAUUUAAAAACGACAACAUAUAUCAGUGGGGAGAUCAGAGGUCAGUUGGAACAAAAAACGGAGGUUGAACAACUUCAGGAGGCGCUGAGACACACACAAACAUUCCUUGUAGCGUGGGAUUCUCAGAAUGAGUCGCAGCAGACCUCACCCGACAACCUGGCACACAUUGCUGAGUGUAUUGGUUCGUUUCUGAACACAUGCAUUCGACUUCGUUCGGCUGAUCUACAAGGACAUUUCGCUCCAUUCCAGUAUCAAUUGGCCUCGUUUGAAACACGAUGCUGGAGAAAUGUUGCAAGAUUUAUCAACUGGAACAAUUUACUCGUGAUCGGCGGACCAAGUGGGACGACAGAAUACAUACAGAUUGCUCCUGCUCCGUCUACCAAGCUUGAAAUCUUUUGCACAUAUCGUUGUGUGGAUAUAAUGCUAACCAACUGGCUAGAUCGCCAUCAUACAAAUCCGCAAUUAGUCCACUGUUGUCGCAGCGAACCGUCAAAAAUUGCGUACCAGCCUAUUUACUUCGUCUCCAACUUGGCAAAACUUGUCAGCAUCAAUCCAUUUUCCAGCCACCCUCUCAAUACUUUGUUUCAACUUGGUCUUCGUCUAGCAGUAUUGCUUACAUACGACAGCUGCCUAACUGAAAUGUGUUCGUACCAGAGUUUGAAGCCCGUGACAAAACUGGAGGAGAUUAUUCUUGGAUGGUCGACGUCCAACUGUGUCGCAAUGUUUCAUUUAGAGGAACAAACCAAGGAACCUUCACCGCCACCACCACCUAACCCUUCUACGGCAGAUGAAGGUCUGAUGGAAGACGGAGUCCCACUCAAUGUGCACGAGGGUACGACACUAGAAAAUGGCAUGCCAGUAGCUGAACUCCAAAAGCCUGAUGAACCGCAGCCCGUCGUAGAUGAUCUUGUGAAGGAGCUGUGUCCAGAAUACAACUCCGUCGAAAGCGCCAUCGAUGGGCUAAUUAACAAGGUGUAUGAGACUGUGACAGAACAGCUGAAUCCUAAUGGUAUUGGAUGCUGCCUCCUGAAAUCUGUUGCGCCUCCGGAUUGGUUUGCCAUGCUUGUUGCCAGGAUAGCAGUGAACAAAAUUUGAUACAAACCUAAUUGCCUACACUCCCGCAAAAUUAUCAGCAACACUAUCGUCCGCAUAAAAGAUGACCAAUGAACAAUACCAGUUGGCUGUUCCGAUUUCAAAAGAUAUGCCUUUGCUUUUCGUUUCCACACUUCCUCAUCUGUACCGACAACACAUUUUAUUCCUUCGUUUGCUUUUUUUCGGUAUGUCCUUAAACAUGUUUUGUCUACUUGGAAAAGCUACCCUUGUGGUUAUCUGGGCAAAAGAAUGUAGAAUGGCUAUUUGGCUUUGUUUUAUUACGCUGGCUGACCUUCACAUGGAGGAUUGAGCUUCAGUUGAUGCAAGUCUUGUCCAAUUUUUCUCCACCUAGUCCACACAGGCCUAUUUCGGCUUUCCCGGCUUCUCUGUAGUAUUUAUUUUUGAAUCCAAAAUAAAGACUGCUCUUGAUAUGUGACCUACUAAAUUGCUCUAACCCAUGUGACCGAAAAUUAAAUUAAAAAAACAAAAACAUUCAGGAU